AUGUUCCAGCCUAAAAAGAUGGACCGGAGAUACAGAGCAUGUUCGAGCAAACAUGCUGCCGCUAUCAUCUGCGAUGAGGACCUCACUCCAGGCCCAAGUCCCGGAAUGUCGAGUCCUAUUCGCAACUGCCCUACGAGUUCCACUACCUCGAUUCCUUUUUCUGCUGCAAUGAGCCAGGCUCCUACAGCCAUAAAAGCGAUUACUAGCAAUGGCAGUUCUACAUCUGUUGCCACUGUCAAUGGCCACGCAGCGCUACAGUCUUGUCAUCAUCUCUCUCCACCGGAUGAAUCGGAUACAGCCAGUGAACUAAAAAAAUCUAUCUCUUGUGGUCGUAGUGGUACCAAAAAUGGAGGGAUAACUGGUUCACUAGAUCCUGGCCUACAGGACAGCUCUCUGGUGGCAAUGAUUUGA